AUGAUAACCCUUUCCUUUCUGUUCUUUUCUUCCUGCUUGCUAACCCGAGCAAAUUGCCAAAUCGAUGCCAUCAUUGAGACUUACUUAGUGCUUGAGAAUGCUGAAGAGCACGGCACACCGCUCGCCAAAAACACCAUCGUUGUGUUCCAUCCCGUCUACACAGACAGCAGUGAGAAUGUUGCUAGACCCGACGAUCCUUCAACAACCAUGGAAACGGGCACAGCCCCUAGUUUCCCGAAGCCGCCAACCGUCCUUGCGGCAUGUCAACGCAUUGUGGCUACAAUUAUCAGGGAAUCAUGUGAAUUUACAUCGGGUAGAUCCAUUUUUCUUCAAUUAAUUUCGAAAAUAAAAAUUCCAGAGGAAAACUUGAUCAAGGUCCUUGAAAAAUGUUGCCGAGAGCCGUGCUCUUUGAUGGAAAUUGUACAAGGUUGCAUAAGCAGUUAUCAUACGAAUUGA